UGUGAGCAGAGAGCUUUCCCCGAAUGAGUCCCGGUAGCCCUGUGGAUGCCUUUUGACAUGACCAACAGACACGCAUCUCUACCAAGGCUGCCCCAGGUUUAAACCCUCCUGCUAAAGUGCCAUGUCCUGCAAAGAAAGUCCCCAUGUGGGUGUUUCCACUACCACAGUCAGCUCUGUAGCUGUGCAAGCUGGGAGCUCCAAAAUCGUGAUAGCCAUUGUCAAGUGUGGCAAAUGGGUACAACUCCAACUGGCUGAAUCACAGCCCAAUCUUCUGGAAAUCGGCAGCAGUCAAGAUGAAACCAAAAAACUGCUUCGUGAUCAUGAGCUUCUGCUGGCCAAGCUUAAGGCCUUGGAAGAUCGUGUGUGGGAACUCUUACAGGAAGCAGACAGGACAGCGGAAGCUAACAAGGCUCAAGGUCAGGUGUACGAUGCCAUGGCCCAGACUCUGGGUGAAGCGUGGGCAACCCUGGUCUCCAUGCUUGAAAAGAGAAGGGAGCUCCUUGGGCUGACAUCUGAGUUUUUUGAAAGUGCUUUGGAGUUCGCUAUAAAAAUAGACCAAGCUGAAGCCUUUCUGCAGAAUCCUCAUGAAUUUGAGAGCGCGGAGGCCUUACAGUCACUUCUUCAGCUUCAUGACCGCCAUACCAAAGAACUCUUAGAAAGAUCUCUAGUCCUUUUAAACAAAAGUCAACAACUCACUGACUUCAUAGAAAAAUUCAAGUGUGAUGGAUCUAAUGUGAAUUCUGAGCUGAUUCAAGGCGCUCAAAGUAGCUGUUUGAAGAUCGACAGCCUCCUUGAACUUCUACAAGACAGGAGAAGGCAGUUGGACAAGUACUUGCAGCAACAGCGGCAAGAACUGGCUCAGGUUUUACAGUUAUGUCUGUGGGACCAACAAGAAAACCAGGUCACUUGUUGGUUUCAGAAAACGAUAAGAGAUCUGCAGGAAGAGAGUCUAGGUUCGUCACUUUCUGACAACAAGGAGCUAAUCCAUAAGCAUGAGGACCUGGUAGUCAGAGCUAAGGAAUGGAAUUCCACCAUAGAGAAACUGAAGAGCCAAGCCCUGAAGAUUCUACUGUCUAAGGAUUUCACAGAAAAAGAACAUCUUCAACUCUCUAACCAGAAACUAAAUCGGCUUCAAGACGAGUUUGGUAGACUCAUGGUGGAAAGAAAAACCUGGUUAACAAUGGCAAAUGACUUUUUUAACAGUGCUAAUAAGGCAUUUGAUGUACUUGGAAAAGUUGAAGCUUACCUUAAGCUCCUUAAAUCAGAGGGUUUAAGCCUGCCUGUCUUGGCAGCAAGGCAUGAGGAAUUACACAGAGAAAUUAAAGACGCCACAGCUGAUGCUCUGCAAAAGGGAGGAUCCUUAAUCAGCCAAGUCGACUCCUGCAGCUCUCAGGUGACAGGUAUCCAUGAGAUGAUGGAAUGCAUUCAGAAACGAGUGGAUCAUCUCAGUGAACAGUGUACUGCACACAAGGAAUUUGCCCUUAAGAAACAGCAAUUAGCAGCAUCCAUGGAAGGCUCCCUAAGGAAGGUGGAAAUGUCAAUUCAGGAAAUCAGGCCAGUUCUCUCUAACACAUUGGAUGUCGGUUCCAGCCCUUCUGAGUCAGAGAAGAUAUUGAAUAAAUAUCUGGAAUUAGAUAUCCAAGCCAAGGAGACAGCGCACAUAUUAGAAGCAGCAGCAAGAAUCAUGACAGAGAAAAAUGAACUUGAACUCAGAGAAGUGGCAUUGCUUUCUUUUAAAGCAAAAUGGCUAGAAGAAGAAUUAAAUAUACUUGGUCGAAGCAUCAGCUACAGGUCACAAGUCCUGCAAACUUAUGUGGCAUUUCAAAAGUCAUCAGAAGAGGUAGAGGAGCAGCUUCAGAGACUGAAGGCAUUUUAUCUGACCGAAAUCCCUCAGAAAGAUGAAGAUGAGGCUGAAGUCAAGUACUGGUCUAACUCUGCUGAGCGGCGAUGGCAGUUGUUUUUAAAGAAGAGUUUUUUGACCCAAGACUUAGGGCUUGAGUGUCUUAACUUAAUAAAUAUGGCAAAAGAGAAUGAAAUAUUAAAUGUUAAAAAUGAGAUGCGCAUUAUGAAGAACAUUAUGGAAAAGCAAACAACUGGAAGGGAAGAACUCAGCCACCUUCGAAUGGCAUGGUACCUCAAAGCCACUGAAGGGAAGCCUGGGAGACAGCAGUGGGAAGCAUUCAAAGAGAAACUUAAAAAGACUACUCACAACGUAAAACUUCUCCAUGAAGUUCUUAUGCCCAUCUCUGCACUUGACCUUGGAGGGAACCUCCAGACUAUGUCAGAUCUUCGAAGAAGGUGGAAUGCCAUGAAGCCUCAGCUUCAGCAACUGCAUGACGAGGUUCAGCAUAUCAUGAAAGAAUGGGAAGUGUUAGGUGGUCAGGGAGCCCCUUUGAAGGAGAAGUCUGAACAACUGAAGGACCUAAUCCAUCUCCAUGAGAGGCAGAGAGAGCGAAUCCAGGAUUAUGAGAAACUCCUGUACAAGACGGUCCAGUUCCACCAAGUCAAGGAGGAAAUGAUGCAUUUCAUAAAAUCGAGGGAACUGGGACUUCUUGAGCAGUCCAUGGAACUGGGAGGUCCUGGGGAGGUCCAGAUGCAACUGAACCAUUUUCAGGAAAGGCGGGCUCGUAUAGAGCAUCUCCAUCGGCUGGUGCUUUCUUUGGGAGUGGACAUCAUUUCAUCCGUUCAACAGCCUAAUUGCUCCAAUAUUUCUGCAGAGAACCUACAACAGCAGCUGGAAGUCCUUGAAUUGGAGAGCAGGAACUGGAGUGCCAAUGCCAAAGAAUGUGAACGGGUCCUGUCCUGCAGCCUGGAGUACUGCAGUACACGAGACGAGAUCAAUGAGCUCAAAGAGUCAUUCAAAGAUAUAAAAAAGAAAUUCAACAAUCUGAAGUUUAAUUAUUCCAAGAAAAAUGAAAAAUCUCGAAACCUAAAGACUCUUCAAUACCAAAUCCAACAAGUUGAUAUGUAUGCUGAAAAAAUUCAGGCUUUAAGGAAGAAAAUGGAAAAAGUUAAUAAUAAAACUUCUGAUUCAUUCUUAAGUUAUCCAAGUAACAAAGUUAACAUCCUUUUGGAAGCCAUGGAGGAUUUGCAAAAGCAUGUGAAUGACUUUGAAAAAGUUGUGAUAGAUUACAAGAUGAAUUUGGACCUGACUGAACAUCUCCAGGAAGUAAUAGAAGAGUGUAACUUUUGGUAUGAAGACGCAAGUGCCACAGUUGUAAGAGUUGGAAAGUAUUCCAUGGAGUGCCAAACAAAGGAAGCUGUGGAAAUCCUCCACAGGCAGUUCAACAAGUUUAUUGCUCCUUCAGUGCCUCAGCAAGAAGAAAGGAUUCAGGAGGUCAUCAACCUUGCUCAGCGCUUAUAUGGUUUGGAAGAAGGGCAGAAAUACACUGAGAAGACUGUCACAAGACACAAGGAGAUUCUUGAAUCUAUUACUGAAUUAUGUGGGUCUCUCAUGGAGCUUAAAGAAAAACUGAAGCAGGGAGAUGUUCCAAAGAUGAACCCAAAUUUGGAAGCUUUCCAUGAUAAUUGCAUUGACCUACUAAAAAAGCCAAUGAGGAGUGAGCAGACACUGUUCAAUGAAGAAAGGAGUGAGGGGCAGGUACAAAGAGCAGAUACCUUGGCAAUCAAUGGAACACAGGAAGAUGAGCUUCCCGUAGACUUGAGGCAGUCCUCUCCUGACAAAGAGGGCAAUGCCUCUUUGGAAGAGAUGUUGUCUGGAGAAGAAUCAGAGUGCAUCUCAUCUGAUGACAUCUCCUUGCCUCCGCUCCCAAUGAGCCCCGAGUCCCCUAUUGCACCAUCCAACAUGGAGGUAGAAGAACUUGACAGCUCUUCAGCCCUGGUCCUCCACAUCAGCACCUACAGGACACACACAGGGACUGGUGUUCCAGGGGAGCCCCAGGAAUCUGUUCUUCCACCACCCACUGCUUUUGCUGAUGGGUGUCAUAAUAAGAAAGACACAUUUACAAGUCACUUUGAGAGGCCCUACACACAAUUCAAAGCUGACUAUUCAUUAACCCCUGAAGGAUCAGUAGAGAUGAGUACCAAAUUACAUAUCAAUGUGAAAUGUCCAACAAGCAUGCCUCAUGAAGUGCACGACAGAGCUUUACAGCAAAGCGCCCAGGCUCAGGAGAGCUCGCUAGAAACCCAGGAGAAAGUGCAUGCUGAUUCUAAUGUCACUAAAACCCAAGACAGGCUGCAUGACUUCCCUGAUGUAUCCCCUGGCCUGGUCUCUCAGUCAGACACCAGCAGGAGGCACGCGGGUCCCCAAGGAGACAGGAAAAUCUCAUCUACAGAGAACAGUGUGGUCAGCCUAGCUGGCCAGGCACCUCAUUUCUCCAGGCUGCUGUCCAAUGUAACUGUCACGGAAGGUUCCCCAGUGACUUUGGAAGUCGAAGUAACAGGAUUCCCAGAGCCUACACUGACAUGGUUCAAGAAGGGCCAGAAAUUGUGUGCAGAUGGACACUUGCAGGUUUUGCACAAGGACACAAAACAUUCUGUGUUCAUUCCGAAGGUAUGUGAGGCAGACGCUGGCCUCUAUGUGGCUCAAGCCGAAAACUCUAGUGGCACCCUGUCUUCCAAAGCCAUCCUCCAUGUGACAAGUAACCAUGGGUCACCAAUCACAAGGAUAAACUGGAUUAUGCUGUGUGUCAUCUAUGUCAGUGUAUCACUAGUGUACUGGCUACUUGCACAGUAG